AGUAAUCUGCAUUUAUUUUAUUUUUAGGUCGCAGUUGCUAUUGCUUUCAAGAUAUGAUGGAAAAAGAAUCAGUUAAAGGACAUGCUGAAAAUGGUUUAGUAAAUAGACCAUUAAGAGUAUCCAUUGAAGGAAAUGUUGGUUGCGGAAAGUCAACUCUCAUCAAUUACUUCAAAAACUUUCCCGAAGUAGAUUCUCGUCCGGAACCUCUGGACGACUGGAGGAAUGUACAAGGUCACAAUUUGUUAAUGAUGGCGUACUCCGAACCUCAACGCUGGAAUUUCACUUUUCAACAUUACAUUCAGCUGAGCAGACUCAAUCUGCAAACUCAACAGACAAAACGGAGGAUUCAGAUAUUCGAGAGAUCCAUACAGAACAACAGGGCUUGUUUUGUGGAGAUGGCUUAUGAAUCUGGCAUGCUAGCCGACCCCGACUAUGUAGCCCUGUGCGAGUGGUACGACUGGAUAGUUCAGAGUCUGGAUAUAGGCUUGGAUCUUAUAGUGUACUUACGCAGUGACCCAAAAGUGGUGUUUGAGCGGAUGCAACGGCGGGGUCGUCCUGAGGAAAGUACAGUCAGCCUUGAGUAUCUCACUGGACUACAUAGACAUUAUGAGAGGUGGCUGGUAGACUGUGAUCCUGCGUCUCUACCGGCUCCAGUGCUGGUGGUGGAUGUCAACAACGAUCUCCCUACUGUUAAGGCUAUGUACAAGACUGUAGAACAGUAUAUCCUGGGUCGCAAGACUUUACCAGUCACUGGUUACGUCAAGGAGUUUGGUUGGGGACUUGACAGAACUGAAACUAUAAAGUGCUAGUACCUGUAUCACUUCCUCAUGACUGCAAAGUAUUACAUUGUCUUUUAAUGUAUAAGAGACCAUACAUGUUUUACAGAAGUUGUCUUUAUAAUCUCAGAAUCAGUUUCCACUCAUUGGGAUUUGAAAAUGUGACCUCUUGAAUGGUUCUGAAAUAAUCGUGAUUAUAAUUUAUGCAGAAUAUAUCAUUUUAAUUUUAUUCCCAAUUACAAAUACUUUGAAAGCCUAGUUUACUAAUAUGAGUUUUGUGAUAGUGGUUUGGUUUCUUGUUAAUGAUAAUCAAACAAAUAUUAUAUGGACUACAAAUCUAGUUAUGUGUAUGGCAAAGUGUUAAAUGUGACAGGAUUUAUUGCUGUUAUUGGUAAAGAAUGGAUAAUUAUAAAUGUAUUUCUUGACAAACUCAAUUAUAUAAUUAAGACCUUUUGAAAUGUUAUUAGUGAGGAACAGAUUGGUACUUAAUCUCAGUGAAGAUAAAGGAAUACUUUUUAUAAACACCUCUACACUUGUGUCACUGAGCAGGAAAAAGGUAUAGUAUGUACAGACAACAGACAAUAUUCUUUAUUAAACAAUAUCACUGAGAUAUGUUAGAGUCAGAAGCAUGUCAGAACAGAUGUACGUCUCGUCAAGUCAAAGGCCGGGUCUAGCCAAUGGUGAAGGAUUUUCUUCACGUUUCUUGAGUUAUCAUCUUUCAGGUAGUCACACAGCUUGUUGGACAGCUUCAUCCCUGUGAAGGACGACUUUUACACCAAUAAGGCAGUUUGGUGAAUAAGGAGUGUAUCCUGCUUGUCUGGCAGAGUGAUUCCCAGUCUUUAAAUACAUUUCUGCAGCUCUCUCUGGGUCCUAUUCCUGCCACUAUCCUUAGUGCUUUCUUUUGCAUAAUUAGGACACAAAAAAGAUUUCCAUCCAAAACAAUAAUCCCAGACAGUUGUUCCGUAACGUAAAUGGCUGUUGAAAACUGCUUGGCAUGCAAUUUUUGUGGCUUCAGGACGACUUUUCUGUUUAGUUCUCUUCAAUGCAAAUAGAGCCGAGCUAAGCUUAAGGCAUAUGUUCUCUAGGUGACUUUUCCAGCUCAGGCACGUAUCAAGUGUUAUGCCUAGAUAUUUAUCAUUGUCAGCUGCUGGAACAUUACAGUGUAGAAGUUUAUUACAGUACUCAGUACUGAUAUUAUUCUACAUUUUACAGCUAAAAUGCAAUGUCCCUUAUUAUUUUAUUUAGUAAAAUUGAAACAGUAUAAAUUUAAAAUGCAUUAUAUUUCAGUAAGAACUUACAAAAAAGUGUCCAAUACCUCUAGUUUGCAGUACACAUUUGUUUCAUAGUGUGUUGAAUUUUUAUUUUAAGGUUAUUAUGUAGAAUAGAUAUUAGGCAAACAUUUUCUUACUCAAAACCAAUGUGUAUUACUUGGUUUCUCAGGAAAACAUUAGAAAUAGUAACUGUUUACAGUUUUUUUAUUUUUAAUACUUAUGUAUUUCUUUUAUCUGUGUUAAUAGCAUUAGAGAGGAAAUGUUUAGAAUUCUUCUUUUUGCAAUCAUUCACUCGUCAUUCUAUCAAGAACCACGUUACCGUAAACCUCUCUGUUUUAUAUUUACUGACUUACACACCAAAAUGUGGGCAAAUGAAUACAAUAACUGAAAUUUGUAAUUCAAAACCAUUUUUUAUUUAAAAAAUGCUGACUGUUUAUGUAUCCAAAUAUUUAAACUUUAAUUUGUUCUUAAAUAUAUAAAGAUAUUAUAAUUAAUUUCUCUAAAGCUUGUGGGUGUAUGCAAUGAGGCCCAAAAAAGAAGAAGAAAAUUGUUGUGAAAUUCUUACAUCACAUUUGACAUGUACUCGUAUGUUUCUACAAGGUGACUUGUAUCUAAUCAAAUUUUCUGCUAUACUUCUAGUCCACAUAAUUUAUCUCAUAUUUUCCCAUGAUUUUGGGUCAAUGGACCAUCUUAUAAAAGAAGGGACAGUUUAAGUUAGGAAAGUGCACUUAAUUUUGAGUCUAAGUUGAGAAAAAAACAUGUUUUAAGUAUGACAAGUUAAAAGCCUUUUAGUAUAAAAAUGAUUAAAACCUGCUCAUUGAUUAGAUCCUGAACAGUUUCAAUAAAUGUUUGGGAAAUUAUGACUGAAAUUGACGCUUUAAAUGUUAGUUAACUACUUCAUGAUUUCAAGAGCGGGUGUCAUAAUUUUAGUAUUAUUUUACUAGUAAAUGUUAUUAUUUCAUGUAGAUAUGUUGGGAUAGUUUUAUUCCUUAAUAUUAAUAUUUUAUUUUUUGUAUGUUUAACUUUUACUACUUAAUAAGCCUAUCAGGGUGUUUAAUUUUUAAUAUAAAUGUGUUCUCUUAAAAUAUUGUUAAAAUAAUCAUAGAAUAAUUAUUACUGUUUAACGUAAAGCUGUUAUUAUAAUGUAAAUAUAUUUCGGUUACCAAUACGAUAUUGUGUUACCAAUGUACAUCUUUAAGACAAUUUUUACAUAAAAAAGUGUUAUUAUUUGUUUUAAAAAAACAAUGAAAUUAACGAAAAAUUACCUUAUUGAUUCAAAAGUAUUUAAUCAUCAAACAUUAUACUUUUAAAAGAGUGUAUUUUGUACAUUGUAUAAAUAAAUCUUUUAGAAAUAUGACCUGUAUCGAUAUUUUCAAGAUAUGUUCAGAACCAAGUUCAGAGUAAUUAUGUAAUUUUAAUAUAAAUUGUUAUUGCUCAUCCUGUGAUUGUUUGUAUUGUCGAUAAUUUUUCUCUAAGGCACAAUUUUAAACUGUGUAAAAAAUUUUGAAUCCUUUUAUAAUUAAAUAAGAGCAAUGUAAGAAGACUGUUACUCCAUAUAUGUAAAUACAUGCACACAAAUAUAUUUUUAAUUAAUAAAAGCAAUGUAUAAAACA